AUGUGGCCACUCAAAUCAAAUGGAAUGAAGAACGCAAAACACGCAAUCUCUUAUUCUCGCCUCUCCCAUGAUGUUGAGCUCCAAGCUGAAGACAUUACCUCCCCAUCUGGAGUACUUCUCCCGAAGGAAAGGACCGAAGACCAUGAGAUUAAGCAACACCGUUCAUCUUUCUACCAAACCCCUCUCUUUAAAUGGACAGCAAUCGCGGCUCUGACGGUCUGCAAUGUGGGCAUGUUCAUCGGCACCAUUCGGUCGUAUAUACUGGCAGAUUACAUGUGUAUGCAGCGCAGUACUGUAUGGUCACCGGUCUGGGAAGAUGUCAAUGCCGCGUAUAUACCUGAGAGAUUUAAUGGGAUACUUGAUGCUCCGAGCAAGUUCCGCGGGCCUCCCUCAACUGCUGUUGACGAGGCAUGGAGUUCACUGGAUGAUGUCGGAUCUAUCUCGUUAGACGAAAAGACAUUCUUGCGAGCGGGCGGCACAACGGAGAAUGCUAGAAUGCCUGACGAGCUGGGCGGCGGCUACAUGGCGGAUGUUGAGGUUCUACAUCAAAUGCAUUGUCUCAACUUCGUCCGUAUGGCAGCCUACUCCGAUCACUACCGCGAUAUCGCGCCCGAAUGGCAAGACAGUAACCGUACAUUCCAUAUUCACCUUGAGAUGAUCCGCAUCAACCUUUUGUGCCAGGCAGACGGGGGUAUUAUUCCUUUUCGCUGGGUAGAAGAUUACCAGCGGCCACUACCAGACUUCAGCACACCUCACAAAUGUCGAGAUUGGAAUAGUGUUAUGGAUUGGGCCAAAGAGCGACAAGUAAUUAUGCCGCCACAUUACGACUGGUCACAUCAAACCUGGGAGAAGGUGUUUCCAAGACCUGCUUGGAUGCCGCUGCCAGGGGCGAAUAAUUAG